AAGAAGAGCCAAUGCAGAAGUGGGUCUGCAAUAACAAACAAACCAGUUAGCAACUAGCAAGGGAACGCACCUUCAGACAACCGAGCAAUCUUGUCGUUUUUACGACAGAUGAACAAAUCGUCUUUCUAGAUUCUCUCAACCGUAUGCUCUUACUUGCUAAAGUGCUGUAUUUUAGACAUCGAGUACUCUGUCGCGUAGAGGAUUUAACUGUUAUCUAACAUUUACCAAAACAAGUUGCGCAUCAGCUAGCGCUAAUACAUUUUGUCAAUAGUUUUCGCGUACACAGACAAUACUUCAGCUGCUAGAUUGUCAAGUAACAUCUGAUUUUACAAAGUGCCAUGUGAGAAAACAAAGGGUAAAUCUGGGACCCAUCUUGAAGGUGCCGCGAUUAACAAAUUAUCGAGUGCAACUAUAGCCAUCCAAAGAUGAUUCAGCAAGGUGAGUGGUGGACAGGAGUGCGUUUGACUCUCCUUUCCAUCACUUUCUGCUGCAUAGCGCCCUCGCCCACACAUGCAUAUAUCUAUUCUCAUUAUAGAAAUGUGACCAUGCUGUUUGAGGAUCUCCCUGCAUUGUUUGGAUCGCCACUUCCAAAGGAAGGAAUCAUGGGAGUCUUAGUGGUGUCCCGUCCUCUCAAUGGCUGUGCAACAAUGGACCCUCCUCCUCCACUGCCACCAUUUUAUGAUGCCAACAUCACGAAAUUCAUCGCUCUCAUCAGACGCUAUGAUUGCAAUUUUGAUCGAAAGGUCCUGCAUGCGCAGCAAGCUGGCUACAGUGCUGCAAUCGUUCACAACAUGUACUCCGAUUCUUUGCUCAAUAUGAACUUCAGCAAUGAUACUAUCGCAGAGGAGAUUGACAUCCCCUCUGUGUUUACCAGUUACUAUGCAUCCCAAGUUCUCAAAAAUUUCAUCAUUCCAGAACAAGGAGCCUAUGUGAUUCUCAAGCCAGAGUUUGCUUUCCCACUCUCUUACUACCUUAUUCCCUUCACCGGAGUGGUUGCAAUGAUCAUCAUUGUGAUGUUUAUUAUCUUGGUUAUACGCUGUGCACAGCACAGAAAAAGGCUGAGGAAAAAUCGCUUGUCCAAGGAACAACUGAAGCGAAUUCCUACUCACAAGUUCACUAAAGGCGAUGAUUAUGAUGUGUGUGCCAUAUGCCUAGAAGAGUAUGAAGAAGGGGAGAAACUGCGAGUUUUACCGUGUUCACAUGCCUACCACUGCAAAUGUGUGGACCCGUGGCUGACCCAGACCAAGAAAACGUGUCCCGUGUGCAAACAGCGAGUCACUCGCAGCAACCCUGAGCACUCAGAGUCCGACUCUGAAGAGGAAAGCGGAGGCCGAGGAGAAGAAGAAGGAACGGAGGGCGAGGCCGACUCAGAGCGCACCCCUCUGCUCCGCGCAUCAAAUCAGGCUUCCCCUUCUGGGAGCCCGGGGCUUUAUUCCGCCACCACCAGCACAACUGUCACCACCGCUCAGUGCAUCUCCUCGCCGACUCGCGACGACCCCCCCAUCCUGGAUUACGAAGGCUACUAUUCCCCACAGGAGGACACAGACUCUGAAAGCAAUGACACAGUUGAUGAGGAGCACCAUGUUGACGAUGACACUGCUCAGCUGAUUGGUCGGGGCGCUGUGCACAUCUGAUGGCUACAACGUUGACAUAACAUGAAAAGGGCCUUUCUGUCACAACAUUUGCUGUUUUCGUUGUUUUAGCACACUACUAAAAAGUACUUUCCCCCCCGUUUUAACCUCAGACUGGUUAGUCUUACCAUCACACAAAAUUAUUCUGAUGAGUGUUUGUGCAGUGUGGCUAUGUUCAAACUUAUUUUUUGGACCAUUAUUAAGUACAUUGUAACUUUUUUUUUUUGCAUACUUGCUCAUAAGAGGAACAGCGAAGAUGCUUACUUCCAAAGAAAACUGCGAUAGCCCUUGUGCGUCACGACGGAUAAUGCUGUAAUGGUAACACGCAUGACAACAUUUUUCCUUGGGUGCAGCCACUUUUUAAGCGCAUGCAGUUUCUUCGUCCCACCACAUACUGUUUUUGUAAUUCCAACGUGGAAAGAAGCUCUAAUUGAGGAACUAUUUUAAGUUUGUGGCGUUAGCAAAGCUCAACCACAUUGCCUUAAUUUGGCCUUCAUGUAUAUGUGUUUUUUGUUCAUUAACUAAAGGGUCACACUCCUAGUUUUUGUCUAAAGUGUAUUUUCUUUGUAACCCCCAUCCCCCCUCCCUAUGAAAAGAGGUCCAUCGCUUCCUUAAAUGUGAGUAAUGGGUAGCGUUAGUCAUAAUUUGCACACACAAGACAUUUAGUGUCAUGUUUCCGUACAAUUUGUUUUUUUUUUUUACUUUAAAAUUUAAGCGUAAAAACUAUUUUUUAACCCUUUGAGACUGGUUCACUUCUUCGUGUAAAUACACUACAGCGUAGUCACAUGUUUUAAGGGGGUGUUUCUAUUUAAUUUCUUUUUGAUGCUUGAUUUUGUAGAAGUGUAAAUUGUUAGUUUGCUCCACUGUCAUGAAACAUGAAAUUCAGAUUUUGACAUUUGAUUGAGAUGUUUGAAUAUUUGUUUGAUCAUUUAAAUGUCAUGUACUACAGCUUAACCACCUCCAACUCAAUGUAAGUGUAACAUUCUUGUUUGCCACUAUAAUCACUCAUAUAUCCAUUUUCUUUUAAACACAUGUUAAUUUUAACAUCUGAUUCUCCAAAUCCCACAUUUUCUCUUUUAGAAUCUAUUUGUCAGACUGCAAUGCAUUUAAAGUAUCGCAUAUAAGUACAGUGUAUGAUGAAAAUGUGAUGAUGUUGGGGACGUCACGAUCAAUGGGAAGCAGCAAUUUAAUGUCUGAUUAAUGAAAGAUUAAAUUGAAAAUGUAUACAA